AUGUCGAUGUUCAGGGCCAAGAAGCUUGAUAUUGGGUGUUUCCUCAAUAUCAAGACCAUCCGCGAUCACACCAAGAGGAAGGUGUUUGCAGAGAAUGAGCCGCAAAGACAAGCACUACGAUACAUGAUUAGAAACACAACACUACCUGCGAGGACGAGGGCUGAGGCUCAGCUGCAAUUGACACAGAUGCACUGCUACACCCGACCCACACAGAUCCGCGGCAGAUGUAUACUAGGAGGAAAGGGGCGUGGUAUCUUCAGGGACUUUAAGAUGUCAAGAUACAACUUCAGAAUGCAAGCAUUGGAGGGUAAUCUUCCCGGUGUGCAGAAGGCCAGCUGGUAG